AUGGCAGCAUCAGAACUUGAAUCGUUUAUCAAAGAACCCGAUGAAAGUUCAAUCGCGAUUUACGUCGUUGAUUUUCUCAACACUCGUUUUACUGAUCUUGAAGACCUGGGGAAGUUGAAUACAGUACUGUCCGAAGUGAAGAAUAAUGAACAGAAAUUGAAUGAGAAGUAUAUUAAAACACAGUCUAAAACUUCAGAAAUACUUAAACAAUCUCUUCAAGCCUUUAAUUCUACGGUCACAGAACUUGAAGAUCUUCAGGCCACACGUCUAGAACUUGAUGACAUCUUAACUGAUUAUUGUAAUAGCGUGUCUUCAACCAAUCCAUCGAAUUUGCAAGAAAAUUUUUCAAAUAAUAAGACACUAAUGGAUGAGUUAACCAUGCUGCAACAACAGGUUGACAGCCUAGAAAGAUCAAAACAGUAUCUCAAAGUGUUGGUCGUCGCUGAAGAAUUGAGCGCCCAGACGAAAAAUUUAAUCGAAAGAUCUCCUCAUAAAGCCCUUAAUCCAUAUAUUCAACUUGCGAACCUUUUGCAUAGCAUAAAAUCUAAAAGCAAGGAUGCUGGCCAUGUGGUCUCUCAUUUGGAGGUGUUUUUGCAACAAAGUGUGGAUGUACUUUGGGAAGACAUGAAAGAUAAAUUGAAAAAGAAAUUUCAGCAAUCACUUGAUGCUCUUAAUUGGCCAACGCCAAUAAAGCUUCCAUAUCCACAAGUCACAACUGACAAGUUAUCAUCAUUUAAAAAAGCAUUCAUUGAAUUACUUUUAUUACAAAGGCCGAUUAAUAUUUCAGGUGAAUCAGCUUCUACAAAAUCUUCUCCUGAUCAAAAUGAUGAACUUCCCCCUCUUUUACCCAUUCAAAUAAUGGUUGAACCUUUGAUCGUACGAUUUUGUUAUCAUUUUGAUUCGAAAAGACCUACUACUCGCAUAGACAAGCCUGAAUGGUAUUUCUCUCACGUUAUCACCACAAUACAUGAGCAUUCUCCAUUCUUACAAGGUGCUAUACAAGCUAUUGUAGACGAGGCUGGUUUUCAAGAAUAUCAUGCAAAGAAUGAUUUUAUACGUUGCUUGCUUGUCGCUGUAACUAAAAAGUUGUCACAAAGUGUACCAACAUUAUUAAAAUCUCCACAAGUAUUUUCUCAUACAGUUUUCGAAACUUUACAAUUUGAUCAAACACUUCGCGAAUUACACAUGUAUGUCCCACCGGGGCAGAGUGAAUGGAAAGGGUGUGUUGAAGUUUUCACUGGAAAAAAAGAGACUUUUAAGGCUUGGUUAAAAGUUGAAAAAGAAUUUGCAGAAGCACGUUAUAAUGAGAUAAUGCAUUCGGAAGAUGCUUGGGAAUUGGUAGAUGAGGAUAUCCCAGAAGAUGACUUUAGACCAACUAAAUCAUCUGGAAAAUUAACAAAUCUUUUGGAGUUGAUUACAGCAGAGUUAUUAAUGGCUUACGCACAAAGAAUUGAUUCUGCUGUGGAUGCAUUUGAAAAAAGUUUAAGUUAUUCUUUUGUAAGAUCGGUUCCAAAUUCUACAAACUCGGAUGGGAAAUCACAUACUGGUAUUGAAGAUCUAAAAAGAUUAUGUAGAUGGCUUAAUAGUGCUGGCUUUGUUAGUCGAACAAUUAAAGAAUGGGGUGAAGACGCUCUAUGGCACGAAGUCACUUUACGUGCAUCUCGUAAUACUGGUACUUCACCCUUGCCAUCACCUACUUCAUCUGAGAAUUCUGAUCAACUACAAGACACAUCAUCUGUAAAUAAAGAAGUGCAAAUUACUGUUGAUGAAGGAACGGUUUUUGAUGAUCCCGCAGGUUCAUUUGAUAGUUCUUGCGAAAAGAUUCAAUCAUUAAUAAUAAAAAAUGUAUCUAAAGGAUUUUUUAAUGGGUUGAAAGCAUACUUCAGAAAAAAUAAUUGGUCACGAUCAGACAUUUACAACAUUGAUCCUACUAUAAUAUCUCAUCAACCAUUGUACAAACAAGCAGAAACAGCUGCAUCUUCAAAAGAUAAUAACGUUAAUAUAGAAAUUGAAUUAUCACCGGAGCUUUAUACUCCAUUGUCAGAUUUGGCUCAUUCUCUUACAUUUUUAUCUAAUCAUUUGCCAACAAGAGUAUUUAAAUCCAUAUACAAAGAAAUAUCUAAAGAAACAGAAGAUUAUUUGUGGAAUCGAGUAUUAAUGAGAAAUCAGUUUUCUGAGAUGGGUGGCAGGCAAUUUGAAGUAGAUAUGAUUAAAGGAUUAUUCACAGUUGGAAAAAGAUGGGUUAAGAAACCAGAAAAUUAUUUCAGAAGAUUAAAAGACGCCUGCGUUCUUCUUACUAUUCCUUCGUCUCAUCAGACGACAUCCAGUGCCAAACAAAACGACUUUGCUCAACAAAAAACAUUGAGUCAAAUUAUGCGUGUUUUAUUUGAUAAUGAUUUAGAAAUUACUGAAAUACAUAGAACGCUUGAAAAUUUGAGUGUUUAUCAUCUAUCACCAGAAGAAGCAAGAAAUGUUGUAAGAAGGAGGGUUGAAUGUUGGAGAUAA